GUGCCUGCAGAGUAUAUUGGCGAACAUUUUGGAGCGUGAGUGCAUGUGCGUACUACGUUCGAGACCGCAGAUUUUUACGACUAAUUUCUUUAAUUCUGUGCGAUAAUAGAUAAUCUCUAAAACAAGAUGGCUUCAUUUCAAACCCGACCCGCAAAUCUUACUGAUAAAUCGACACUUGAACAUUAUCUGAAUUUGGACCAACCCGACGAUGGUGUCCAGCUCAUGUACGUUUGGAUUGACGGAACAGGCGAAGGUCUGAGAUGCAAAUCAAGAACUGCCACUGAGGAACCCAAAGAUCCUAAAGAAUGCCCAGAGUGGAACUACGACGGAUCAAGUACAUACCAGGCCGAGGGGUCGAACUCCGACGUCUAUCUCUGCCCAGUUGCCAUUUACCGAGAUCCAUUCCGACGGGGAAAGAACAAACUUGUUUUGUGCGAGACGAAAAAAUACAAUGGGAAACCAACAGAAACAAAUAAAAGACACACGUGUGCCGAAGUAAUGGAAAAAUCUAAGGACACAAAGCCGUGGUUUGGAAUUGAGCAGGAGUAUACCAUGUUAGACAUUGACGGACACCCAUUUGGAUGGCCUAAGAACGGUUUCCCUGGCCCACAAGGACCCUACUAUUGUGGUGUCGGUACAGGACGCGUGUAUGGACGUGACAUUGUCGAGGCUCACUACAGAGCGUGUCUAUACGCUGGUGUCACCGUCUCUGGAACCAAUGCCGAGGUUAUGCCAGCGCAGUGGGAGUUCCAAGUCGGACCAUGCGAGGGUAUCAAGAUGGGUGAUGAGCUGUGGAUAGCUCGAUUUAUCCUCCACCGUGUUGCAGAGGAUUUCGGCGUCAUCGCGACCCUUGACCCCAAGCCAAUGGAGGGCGACUGGAAUGGUGCUGGUGCUCAUUGUAACUUCAGUACACUCGGUAUGAGGGAGCAGGGAGGCAUGGAGGUAAUACAGACAGCCAUUGACCGUCUCGCUGGGCAGCACAUGCGUCAUAUCAAGGCCUACGAUCCAAAGGAAGGCAAGGACAACGAACGCCGCCUAACAGGCAAGCACGAAACCUCAAGUAUUCACGACUUCUCUGCCGGUAUCGCCAACCGCGGCUGCAGUAUUCGAAUCCCACGUCAGUGUGCGAAAGAUGGUUGUGGGUACCUCGAGGACAGGCGUCCAUCGUCUAAUUGUGAUCCCUACUCCGUGACGGAAGCUCUCGUGAAAACGUGUGUCCUCAACGAAUAGACUAUUGCCAUUGAACAGUCUUCGGCUGAAUUGUCCAUCUCGAGGCCAUGAUCCUGCGCAAAGUUUGUUGUUGAUAAAGUAAAGCUGUGUGUAUGUCAUUGAGGUGGACAAUGGGGAUAGGUUUAUUGUAAACACUUGUACAUGAUGAAGGACCGUGACAGGGUCAGGGUCAACUGCAAUACUUGAAUUUGCAUUUACUGUAACCAUUUCCUUCAACAAAGCCGAAUAUUUUUCUCAAAUUGUCAUCUCAUCAGUCAUCUUUGUAUCUGAAAUAAUGCCAUAAAAAACAAAAUGGGCUGUUCUAUGCUUCAAAAUACCCAAAUGCAGUCAUAUAAGUUAAUUUACAGUGAGUGAACUUUUAUCAAUGUGGAAGUGAGUCAGUGCGUUAAAUCUGCAUCCUUGAGUGAAAUGUAUCAUCACCUGCCUUAACAGUGAAACCUUGCUAUUACAAACUCCUUACGAUCCAAGCCAAUUAUAAACUCAGGGCGGUAAAAAGAGUACAAAUUCAUAAUCAGACAGGUCGCGCUCCUUGAAUACGACAGACUCUCUUGGAUCACCAUGGCCAACAACAGGUCUAAUUGUCAAUUAUGGUGUUGGCUGAAUUGUUUGUUUAGGCUGUGCUUUUGAACAAAACAGACCAGGGUCAAAAUGACCAAGUUAACACCUCUUUGCAAAACUCAUACGACAGUGACAGCUUCCCUGCAUACAUGCUGUGCGAUUGGCAGGUGUCAGUGAGUUCAUAUACAGAUCCUGCUGGCAGAUUGCUUGGUUGACCAGUCAGAUUAUUAGAUUUAUAGAAAUGCCAAUUCUCGAAAAAAAUGAAUUCACUUGAGGUUUGUUAUAGCAAGGUUGCAAUGUAGAUUUAUUUUAAUGAGUAGUUUGUUGUAGAAAUUCUUUGAAGUCAUUCUCUUUGGGCUAAUCUACGGUUAUAGCAUUUAAAAUUACCGGUUCCCAAAUAUGGUGUUCAGUGACUCGCAGUAGAUAUACCACUGAUCGAUGUCCAUGUGGGCUAGUUAAUUGUCUAACCAAAGCGUGUGGUGGUUGUGGUUAAAUUGGGGCUCUGCCAAUUGUCGGGCAUGAAAUUAAGGUCAUUUCCUUACGAUAACCUCCCUAACUGGAGAACAAUGUUUGAUUGCAAGAACACGAGUCUGUUUUACCCGGAACAUUACGAGGAUUAUGCAAGUCGUGUUGAGUUGCACCACAUGUUAACAUACAUUUUGUGCAACUUCAAGUGUGUACAUCUGCCUGAAACGGAAGAUAAUUUGGAAUUGGCAGAGCCCAAUGUUAAAAUUUUAAUGGGAAAUUCCUUAUAGUUUUGUAUGAAGAUAUAUAUAUUUUUAGAUCAAUGCAAAUUGUAUGUGAUUGUGAAGGUUGUGCUUCCAAAGUUGUUAUUUUUAUGUAAUCAUUCCAUCUUGGUGGUAGCCAGUACUAAAUUUGAACUUGACUAUAGAUGGUCGGGCUUGGUAGUUGGCAUAAAAUGGGACAAGCAGGACGGGGGAUUCUCCCUUAGAAAUGUUUUGUUGUCCUACCCAACUUAAAUGUGACAGCCCUGCUUGAAGCCAGUUUGAAUGAAUCCGUAUUGCCAGUUCUUAUUUUUUAAAAGAAGAUAAUAAUUUGAUGAUCGUGAAUGACGUGAUUGGUUUUGCGACAGCUGCCCCGUAACAUAUGUUUCCAUUCAAAUUGACUGUGGAUGUUGCCUCGCAUGCAAAAAAAGUAUUGCAAGGUUACCGGGCCUCAUAUGCUUU